UCUUGGUUUUGUUUCAGUAUGCUCGAAGAAAACAACGCGUAACAAUGCAGUUUUACACGUGUUUAAGAUGUAUUGAAAUAAUCUGAUUACCUUAGAAUAUCAGAUAAAUUCUUCAUCUUCUUAAAACACACACAAUUUGUAUAAUACGGUUUUCAACUACUACAGAGAAACAGUGUCAUCUUAUUACUGAGUCUGGCGGAGGUUACCAAGCUCAGACCAAUUUUAUGUAUGCCCUGUUCAUUUUGGAAGGUAAUUUGGUUAAGUGUUAAGCAAUGAACAUGGGUCAAAAAGUAUCAGGUGGCAUUAAGACGGUGACAUCUCGAGAACCAAGUCACUGCAAGGGAAUCAACAGAGAAAUCGCCUACAAUCCAGACUACCAAAAACCUGCCCGGUUAGACAUGCUUUUAGAUAUGCCUGCUGCGCCAAAAGAACAACAAUCAGAUUAUGGCUGGAAUGCUGAUGACAGAUCUUUAAACAUAUUUGUGAAAGACGAUGACAAAAUGACGUUCCAUAGACACCCUGUGGCUCAAAGCACUGACUGUAUAAGAGGGAAGGUUGGCUACACACGUGGAUUACAUGUGUGGGAAAUAAGUUGGAGUGCACGACAGCGUGGAACUCAUGCUGUUGUGGGUGUAGCGACAGUAGACGCUCCUUUACACUGUGUGGGUUAUCAAAGUCUAGUCGGAAGUAAUAGUGAUUCAUGGGGUUGGGAUUUAGGUCGAAACAAACUAUAUCAUGAUGUAAAAAACUUCCCGGGUGUUACAUACCCGACAUUAUUGAACUCAGAUGAAAACUUUGUUGUUCCAGAUAGUUUCUUAACAGUUCUAGAUAUGGAUGAAGGAACUCUGAGUUUUGUCGUAGAUGGCCAAUAUCUCGGUGUGGCGUUCCGUGGUCUGAAAGGCAAGAAGCUUUACCCGAUUGUGAGCGCUGUGUGGGGACAUUGUGAGAUCACCAUGAGAUACAUUGGAGGUCUUGAUCCCGAGCCACUGCCACUUACAGACAUCUGUCGCAGAACUAUACGUCAACACCUUGGGAAGAAUCGUCUACAAGAAAUACACCGGCUACCCCUCCCCACUUCGGUCAAGAAUUACCUGCUAUAUCAGUCCUAGUGUUGCGCCACUCUCAGAUUAAUUAAUGUGUGUAUGUGUACAGUCAUGAACCGUGUCAUCUCAUUGUUAUAUCACAGAAGUAUUUGUGUGUGCUUCUUUAGAGAGCUUUUAACUAGAGAUUCAUGUGAAUAUGCUAAAUAAUGCUUGUCACUGAUGUUAAUGAUUAGGAAAUAUAAAAUAUUUUUUUACCAAGGAAUCUAAAUAUCUAUGAAGUUAUUCCAGAACUUCUUAAAAAUUAUCAGGGGUUCAGGGUUAAUUCCCAAACUAUAUUUUAGCGUUGACAAUUCAAAACUGUUGGAACCCCAGCAAUAUUGAAUAUUUUUUAAAUUUCCAUUCAAGACAGAUUUGCACAAGGUUAUUAUUGUCUGGCAAGACUGCAUGGUAAAAUGGCAUAAAAACAUUGAUCAUACAACUUAAUGCAGACUAUUGAUGCUGUUGUUGUAACUUGAUAAUUUAAUUUCUUAUUUGUAUUGAUAAAAAGAUACAAUAUUCACAACAUCAUGGUACACCUUAUUAAGCCAGUACUAAAUAUAGAAACAAAUUUCUUUGAUGUAACUUAAAAAUUCCUAUAUACUUCAGUUUAUAGUAUAUUGAGCUUGUCCAUUCAAGGUUUUAACUUUUUUCAACAUCAUUUGAUGAAAAUAAUUAAUCUAAAUGAAAAUUUGUCUGUUAAAUUUACAACCAUACUUGAGUUGGUGGUGUGAAAAGAAUGAGGUUCUGAUGAAAUUUGUUUUUAGUCUUAAAAAGAGAAAUUGGACAAGUAGCGUAUUUCAGUAUGGGCAUUUUUUAGCAUAUUUAAUGGUUAACAAAUUAACAGCAGCCAAUUGUAUAAAACUGGUUAAUAAUACUUGGGUUAGCCAAAAUGGUUUUUGAUUGGCCAAUAUUUUUUCAAUAAUUAAUAUUAACCAAUAAAAUCAUUUAUAUGUGUAAAAUGGAAAAAUAUAACCUUUUGACAACUCCAAUCCCAGUUUUAUACCAUUGGCUGUAGCUCUCGUUACUCAAUUGUGUAGGCAAGGCAGGUCAGUAAUAGGACAAAUAGGGUGGAAUUUGACGUAAUAUGUGUAGUAGGCUUUUUGCUAAUGCUUUUAAACUCCAGGCAUGAUCUGUCAAUAUUAUGAAAUAAUUGAUUGUGAUUUUAUUUGAACACAAAUUGUAUUAAACAUGUACACAGUUAUAAGCUAUUACUGUUGUACUUUAUUUUUAAAUGCAACUUUAUAAUGUAAAAAAGCAUUUUAGAAUUUUUGAUAAUUUUAGAGUGUUUCUUCUUAUACCAACAUUUGAUAUGCAGAUUUAUACUGAUGUUUUGCUUGUUCAAAUGAUAUUAACUUAGAAGGGAGCUAUUUUUCUUUCUUUUUUUCAAUGAACAUUUGAAGAUAUCCUUUACAACAGUAGAUCUGUAAGAAUAUAUAUGUGUGCGGCAUGCUGCUAAAAUCAAUCUUGUUGACUUAAUGUAAUGAAGACAAAAUUUUGUUAUUUGCAAGUUUGUUUGUGUUCCAACAUUUAACCAAUAUUUACGUGAGUAGUUCUGUUAAUUAGGUAUGAUACUUUUACUUAGAAUAAAAUUAAAUUAGCACUCUUCUGGAAGUUCCAAACAGGCUCCAAGAAAUAAGUUAAAACAGCUGAAUCGGUUAACCUUCAUCACGAUAUCCUUGUAGAGUUAAAUUAGUGAUAAGCAUAUGGAUGGUGCCAAUUAAAUAAUUAAUUGAUUGCAUGACAUAAAUGCUAAUAAUUUACAUAUCUUAUCAUUCAAAUGUUUGAAUUUCAUUAUGUAACUUAUAAGUAAUUUUUUUUCCACAAGACGACCAGUCUCCGAAUGCAGCUCAUAUAUAAAAAAAAUUACUGUUAGAAUAUUUUUUUUAUGAAUGCUCAGUCAUUUCAAAUUGAUAAGCAGCAUUUUCUAUUUUAAAAAAUAAAGUUUUGCUAUUGCUUAUAAGAUAUUAUUUUUUAAUUUAAAACAGCCAGUUAAAAAUUUGGAUGUUAAAGGCUUUUGCAGAGCUAAAAUAUAGACUGAUAUUGUAUUUACUCAAAUGUUUUGUUUCAUUAUGGUGCAACAUUAAUUUUGACCAUCACGGUAUUAAAAAUAUACUUAAGAUUAUGAAAUGUCAAAUAUUUAUCUGUGAACUAAUUGCAAUAUGAGUUUGAUAGAGACAUCGGUGGAAACAUCCCUGUACUCAUUUAUGCUAGAACACUUCAUCUCGUAAUGUGCGACAACUGACUUGUAAAAUCUAUUUCUUACUGAAAGCAACCUGUUGAAAAGCUCAAUGUUUAAAAGUUUCAACAAAACUUUUCAAUAGUAAAACUCCUUUUUUAAACUCUUAAACUUUGGGCUGAUUGUUCAGAUCUUGUUAAUGUUAACAACCUGAUUAUCAGCAUUGUUGUUAACAAUUAAAUGUGAAAUAUUAAAUCAUGUGCUUAUAUGUUUAAAUCAUAACAACUAAAGCUGAAAAUGUCUCCACUCCAAAUCACUCGUGUAAGAAUACAGAGGAUAACAAGUGUAUCCAUUAAACUUCCUUCAUAGCAACAACAACGCUGGUGUUAACAACGCUGUAAACAAAGUUCUGAACAAUCGCCUCUGUCUUUACCGAACAGAUUAAUCAAACUGGAACUUUGUCAGUUAUCACACAAUAUGUAUUAAGUGUCAACGUAAUUAGUACCAUGGGUAGUGAUGAUAGAAAAGGUGAAUAGUUAUAUAAUGUGCAAUAUGUAUAAAUGUGUUUCUAGUACAUGAUGUCAUGGGGCUUGUAUGUUAAAUUGUCUAUUAAACACGAGUUAUUAAAAUGGUUUCACGUAUUCAAAAUUAAAUCACCGAAAUUAGUCCUGAUUAAUUAAGCUUUCCUUGCCAAUGAUCAGUUGCGAUUUGUUAAGUCAUGUUAUUAUUACAUAAUGACUAUGGGAAUUUUGUCCUCUGUUAAGAAACAAAUGAUAGCUAUAUUUGUAGACCUUAUGUACGGCUGACAAUUGACAGCCAGCUAACAGUUGGCAGCCAAUUACCUUUCUUACCAUUUUGUAUUGACAAGAUUAUCCUUGGUCAGUGAUUAUCACACAUGCCAUUACCUCCAAUGAUAAAGGUUCAAGGACAUAAGGGGCACUACAAUAUCAAGCCCUUACCUUAGUUACAUAUCGAGGGCUUAGCGCAACACUAUUUAUACGUCUUUUUUCUUGAUUGAGUUACAAAUGUCUUUUACUAAGCCCGCAAUAUGUAUAUUUAAACUGAUUGUUACAUCUUUAUUUGUGCUAUUUCAGUUUAUUUAUAGACAAAGCUUCUUAAGCUUAUGUUGGUCAUUUAUGAGUGAAAUUGUGUAAAUCUUAGAUAUCAAUUGUAUACUAUGUAGAAUAGUGAAUGAAAUCAUUGAUGUAUUUGUAUAUAUGGCGUGGAAUAGCCCAACAAUGGUUAUUUCUUGUAAUUAAUAAUGUGAGCACAUGCAUUGUUCCAUAGAUUAUAAUUAUGUGUAAAUGAAACACAUUUCUGGUUAUCGUGCUGUCAAGAUUUUUUAUAUUUGAUUUUUUUUUCAAAAAUAUACCGAGAUCUUGUUGGUCAACAUUUGAUAUGGUUGUUCAGAAAACAAACAUGAUUUUUUUCAAUCAAUGUUUACUUAUUUGAAGAAGCCGUGAAGAUCAUAAGUGGGGUUUGCAAGAUAAAAUUUGAUCUUUUAUUCGAAUAGGAUCAAAUAUUUUAUUAUUUUUUUCCUCCAUUUUUAGACAUUGUGUGUAUUUAAUUAUCCCUCUGUAGUAUACACAUUACCAGUGAAUUCAGAAUUAUGCCUUGUUAUGCUGCACAAAUGGAGUGACACAUUUUAAAAUUAAAACCUUAAAAUACCUUCAUGGUUAUUUACCAGUCCUUUCCUGCGAAGCAUAUUUGACAUGAUGCAGAAAGUGACAAUUUCAAAAACACAGUUCUGUCCAUCACUGUGCAGUUAUAUCAUUUGUUCACCAACAAGUCGUCUGUUCUAGGCUUUAGAUGUGGUCACGUAUCUUUGUUGUUAGAACUUAUCUUAAAUCGGCACAAUCUUUUAUCUAUUUUUUUCUUUCUCCAGUGAAUAAGUUUGGUGUUGUGAUAUAUCUUUUAUUUUUUUGGAUAAAAGUUUGUGGUUUCUACGUGUUAUUAGGGAACACUUGAUCAAGAAGAGUACAACGAACAGGUUUAAGAUCAAGAACUUAGGUGAAGGAAGUGCCACAAUCUGAAUUCAAGUUUUACUUGUCAAACUAAAAAAACUUUGCCGAAACAGGGGUUGCUUUCAAAAACCAGUCUAAAUCUAUCUUUAAGUUUAAGAGUGGAAUUUCAGUGUUUUGAUUGGUCUGUAAAAAGAACUACACAAAAGACUUAAUGGAAUCACUGAGGCGUGUCUAAGUAUAAGUAUAAGAAUUAUAUUGAUUACUGCCCCUGAAUGGUAUUUUUUCAGUUUCGAAAUAUUUCUUUUUACUGCAAAGAAGAAUCAAUUACUGUAAGUAAGCAUAUGAUUUGUGCAUUGAUAUGAUGGCCAAGUUGUUCAUAUUCUUUUGACAAAACUUCUCCUAUGAGCAAGGAAUAUUUUUGAAAAACAAUAGUUCAAUAGUGUUAUUUGUAAUAGACAAGUUGAAAAUAUAGAUCAAGAUAAAUCAAUUAAAGAAUCAAAUUAUAGAAAAUGUGUUUUAAUAAUUCAUUGCCAUAAUAUUAUAGACAAACUGUUCUUUUGUUUGUAGAAUAAGUUUAUGUAAUAGAUUACUGAUAUUAGAUAGGAUUCUAAGAAAGCGCUGCUUUUGAUAAUGUUUAGGAUGAAAAGGGAAAUCAGUUUUAUUUGAUGAUGUUAUACACCAUUUUGGAAUUCCUUGAUGGCUCAGUUGUUUACACUAACAUAUUCAUUAAGCAUCUUGGUGGAAAAUUUUAACUUGGUGAGAAAAUAUGUUGUUGUUUUUCUAAGUUGAAUAUGAAAAAACUAACAACAUUUUGGCACAAAAAUAUGAAGAAAGCAGUCGAAGGGGUUGAAAUAAUAAUGCAUAUGAAUACUUUCAUAAAAAAUUGAUUGUUAUUAAAAUAUUGAUUGUAAAAAGUUGACUUGUUUCUAAAAAGCUUUAUGAAUGUGACCCAGCGAGUCAUUUUAUUAAGAUUCUAGGAGCACUUUUGCUCCAAGCAGAUUUCAACAAAGUUUUUGUCUCUUCUAGGAAUUAGAACUCUUCUGGGAUCUUUGGUAAAUUGUUCUCUAAAGGCUUAAGCAUUAUGUACGUAAUCUUUUAAACAGUGAGUAAAUUCACUUUGCAUUAUUAUUAAAUAAUAAUUUCAUAAUUGAAACCUUACUGGUUUUACUGUACGGUAAAUGAAUUGUUGAACACUUCCUUCUUGUUGUGACCAUUUUCCUGGGCUGGUAUUUAUAAAACAUCUAAGCCAUUUCUAAACUCCAGUCGAUUUCCAAACAGUUUCUCAAUCAGAUUUAAGGAAAAGUACAAGUGAUUUUAACAUAAAAGUAUGUAUAUAAAAAUCAUUUUAUUUUAGUCUUAUUAAGCUAGGAUACCAUUUGACCAGUGAGAUACUUAACUUAGGAAAAUGACUUUUAUAUGACUUAAGAUGUUUAAUUUAUACCAGCCAUGUAAUUUAUUUAUUGUGUUGAAAAAGGCAGAAAGUGCAUUCUCUAAAAUCAAUCCACAACAUGAGAAUAAUAAAAUGUACAUUACAUCAAACAUUACCUGUCUGUUACUAGCUGUUAUGUACAUGUACACCAUACAUUUCUCCUUAAAUAUACUACUCCAUUUUCAACAUCAACAUUUUAUUUUCUGUUCUUAUUUUCACUGUUUAUUCUUAGUUCAAUACAUAGUUUACUUGAUCUGAAAUCAAGGUUGUUGGGUAAACAUGUAUUUUAGAUUCUCUUUUAAAGAUGUUUAUCAAGUCUUAUCCCCUUAUUCCUGAGAUAUUCUUAGAUUUUAAAGCAUAAGGUUUUACUCCAUUCCGUUACUGUGUACUUUUAUAGGAAUUUACAAAUUUGCCCACGCAUUUUGAGUUUGUAAUGUUUUAUGUGGUUAUAAAUAUAUAUGUGAAUACUGUGGUGGUUGUCUAACCUGGCAAGUAAACCAUGAUUAAAAUGU